UAUCAGAUCAUGCCACGUCUCUAUGCCCAAGAACAGUUGCAUUUGACAUUCUUUCGCUCACUCAACGAUAUUCAAAGCCCAGAAGUGCCCCAGUCUGUUUGGUUCCCAGUGAAACACGGCCCGGGAACUACAAGUGUUUGUCCAACUGCAAAAAGAACCAAUUGCAACGUUGCAUUGCGGCGGAAGCCACGGAGGUUCUUGGUUGAGCCCUGCCCUUGAUCAUGCAUCCUAACUACAUUUUGUUACUUCUCACUCCUUUCGUAACCCUCGCUGAGUGUUAUAGGGGCUACCAGAGCGCUUAUAGCUUCGAUGCGGACCUCGGCUAUCAUCCAAGAUGGAUGCAGGACAUCCCCGAUGAGGUGCUUCUCUCCAGCCUCAGUAUCCCCGGCACCCACGACACCAUGAGCUACUCCAUUCCUUCCGACUUCUUACGGUGUCAGAACUUGGAUUUGAGUACGCAGUUGAACUCUGGCAUACGGUACUUCGAUAUUCGCGCGAGGCUGCGUGACAAUGAGCUGCACAUAUACCAUGCCCAUAUCCCGACCGGCUUUAGUUUUGCUAGUGUGCUCACCACCAUGUUCGAGUUUCUUACUACGAACCCGUCCGAAACGAUCAUCAUGCGCUUGAAGGAGGAAGGUGGUCCUAUGGGUCGCUCUAAUACCGUCAAAUUUGUGGACGCCUUCAAUCACCAUCGACACGCUGAUCCACGAACAGCUGCGGGUGCCGCCAAGCAUUUCUUUAAUUAUGUUCAAGACGCGCCACUCCCUAUGCUAGGGGACCUUCGAUCUAAGAUAUUCAUUAUCCAACAGUUUCCCGAUGAGCAUGGACUACACGGGCUCAAAUGGCGAAGUAAGCAGAUGGUAUUGCAAGACUACUGGAUCACGCCGAGUUUGUUCCACCUUGCCGAUAAGUGGUCUGUCAUGCGGGACGCCAUUGAACUCGCUGCCGCAGCUGAACAUGACAACUCGGUCCUCUACCUCGCACAUGCAUCCACCGCUGUAGGUGUUCUGCCCAUUGACGCAGCUGCGGGGACCGCCAAUCGUACCAUUACAGGCAUGAACGACAUGACAGGCCAGUGGAUUGAGCAUCUCGAGAAUAUCCCCGAGGCUACCCGUACGGGCAUCGUCGUCUUCGACUUUCCCGGCCGCAGACUCGUCGAGUCAGUUUUGCGCUGGAACGAGCCUUUAAAGAGCGUGGCAUCGAAAGGACAGUGGCUAUCCGAAGUCUGGGCCAAAUUGUACAACUGGCAGUCGCCUCUUUCCUACACCUCUACCAUCUCCAACAAAAGUAGUUAGGGACAAAAGGCCGAUUCACUUUGGAAAAACAAAUAAACUUAUUUUCUAGUC